AAGAACAAUUCAUUAUUAGUGUCUGCGGAAGAAAACCUAUUAUUAUUGGAGAUUAAUGAAAAUAGUGAAGAAAAAUGGUUAAUGAUGAUGAUGAUGGAGACAGUGAAAUAUACUGAUAGUGAUAUAGUGAAUAGUGCAAUGAAUCAUACCACCACCACCACCACCACCACUACCACCACCACCACCACCAUUACUACUACCACCAUCACCAACACCGCUUCCGGGAAUGAGAGGUAAUGCUGAGUGUGGCAAGCAAGGCAGCAGCAAGGAGCGUUUUAAAGCAGUCUCGUGUGUUCUCAGCCCAGCACAGACGUCACAGCCCCACCCACCGUGCAGCAGGAAGCUCCCCUACCAUCCAGCAGGCCAUCACCAUGUCCUCAUCCCCAUCCCUGCCCUCCAUUGCCACCAAGACACAUGGCAUUGAGAAGAGUGUGUGGGUUGAGUUCAUUCAGCUUGCCCUGGAAGUGAAGCCUCUCAACCUUGGCCAGGGCUUCCCAGACUUUGCUGCCCCAGACCAUGUGAGGAAGGCCCUCUCAGAAGCUGCCGUCAGCGAGACCAACUUUCUGCUCAACCAGUACACUCGUGGCUUUGGUCACCCCCGCUUGGUCAAUGCCAUCUCCAAGGUGUACUCCAAGGUGGUGGGCAGGGAGAUCAACCCCAUGACAGAGGUGCUCGUGACGGCUGGGGCUUAUGAGGCACUCUUUGUCUCCAUCAUGGGCUUGGUCAAUCCAGGAGACGAGGUGAUCAUCAUUGAACCGUUCUUUGACUGCUAUGUGCCACAGGUCAAGCUGGCUGGCGGCACCCCAGUCUUUGUGCCGCUGCGCCCGAAAAAGACGGAAGGAGUGACAAGCUCAGCAGACUGGGUGCUGGAUCCUGCCGAGCUUGCUGCUGCCUUCAACAGCAAGACUAAGGCUAUUGUGGUGAACACUCCCAAUAACCCACUAGGAAAGGUUUAUAAGAAGGAGGAGCUGAUGAUGAUUGCUGACUUAUGCAAGAAAUACAACAGUGUUGCAAUAAUGGAUGAAGUGUAUGAAUGGAUGACGUACACCGGCCAGGAACACUGCAGGAUGGCCACCCUUCCUGGAAUGUGGGACAGAUGCAUCACCAUUGGCUCAGCUGGCAAGACCUUCUCCGUGACUGGCUGGAAGAUCGGGUGGGCGUAUGGUCCCACACACCUGCUGAAGGGCCCACAGGUCAUCCACCAACACUCUGUCUACACCUGCACCACUCCUGUUCAGGAGGCUGUGGCACAAGGGUUUGAGAAGGAGCUGGAGCUGUAUGGCACCCCAGAGUGUUACCUUGAGUCCCUGGCAGUGGAGCUGGAGGUGAAGCGCGACAUGAUAGUCAAGCUUCUGAUAGAUGCUGGAUUGAACCCUAUCGUGCCUGAGGGAGGCUACUUCAUCCUGGCUGAUGUGCGGGAUAUUGUCAGCAAAGUGGACAUCGGAGGUGACCCCAACGAACGGAAGGACUUCAGGUUUGUCAAGUGGCUGUCACGUAACCGCAAGUUGCAGGGAAUUCCUCCCUCAGCCUUCUACUCCCCAGAGCAUGGAGACAUUGGGGAGAACUACAUCCGUUUCUGCUUCAUCAAGGAGGACAAGAAUUUGCAGAAGGCUGGUGAGAUCCUGCUGGCCCUCAAGAAGGACAUUGAUGAAGGGAAAGUGUGAGUAACAGUAGCAUUGCAAGUCUUCCUCACAAAUGCAUAAACUCUAUUUUGGUAAGACACAGUAUACAGUAGUGGUUUACCUUUUAUGAAACAAAAUAAUGGAACAAAUUUGAGUCACUGAGAUAAAAAAUAAUGUGAUACUAGUUUUUUUUGAAUGGAGAGAGAGGUUUGGAGAUCUUUUCUUCUAUAUUUCUAUUCCUAUACUCCUGGUUAUCUGCCUUAUCUGCCUUAAGGAGACUUGAACCUGACACAAAGGUACAUAAGAGUCAGUAACCCUACAUGUGGCAGUCCCCAUAUAAAACAUUACUUGUCUUGCCUGUCCUCCUAUCAUAAGUUUCUUUAAUCUUUGAAAACUCUCUCUUCCACACUUGUUAGUUUAUUGAGUCUAUUCCAGUUGUGUUUUGUUGUGUCACCUCAGCAUAUUGGGGUGUUGAUGCAUCUUGUGCUGUCAUUACUUGUUACUAUAAAAAUUAGUCUUUACAAUUACUCCAUUAAGAUUAUUUUGUCUGGUUGAAUAUAUAUGACAUGGUGUGUUGUGCAAUGCUACCUAAUUGUUAUGUAUAUCAGUAAAUCUUAUUUGUUCUUCA